CACUUUAGAAGCUGAACCCUUGUGUAUUAAAUGAUGACAUACAGCAAUGUCUUUGGAAGCAAUGAAAUCUAUGACAGUGCUGAAUGUGCUGUCAAGAAAAGCAUAUGCAACUUUAUUGCCAUCAUUCCAGAGAAUUUCUAUUCACAGAAAUUACAGAAUCAAACACUAUGGCUUGUGAUACCAAAAAAUCAUUAUGACUUUUUACAACAACUCACAUUAAGAUCUGGAGAAGGACUUCUGACAAAGCUCACAAGUAGUGAUAGGACAAAUGGGAAUGACUUUAAACUGAAGGAGGGUACAUUAGAUAUGAGAAAGGAAUUCUUUUCUGUGAGGGUAGUGAGACAGUGGCACAAGCUGCCCAGAGAAGCUGUAGAUGCUCCAUUCCUGGAAGUGCUCAAGGCUAGUUGGGUAGGACUUGAACAACCCGGUCUAGUCAAAUGCGUCACCGCUCAUGGGCAGGGGCAUUGGAACGAGACGAUCUUUAGGGUCCCUUCCAACCCAAACCACCUGGUGAUUCUCAGAUCUCCUUGGGCAGCAAUUCCGUUCAGGUAGCAAAGCUUGGCCAGGGCACAGCCAGGCCAAACAAUUCCAGCAAGUUCAGUCGGUUUCAGCAGCAAACCCCACCUGCACCGGCAGCCCCGCGGGCUGGAGGCUGCUGCCUUUCUGGGCACCAGGUGAGUCCCAUGUGCUCAUGUUUUGUACCCCUCAGCCUAAGAUGAGAAUUUAUGGAGGGCGUGAGACGGGAAGGCAGGGAACAAUCACCCACAGAGAACAGAAUCACAAAAUACCCACAGCUGGAAGGACUCAUAAGGACACGAGUCCAACUCCCAGCCCAGCAGAGGACAGCCCCAAGAUCGCACCAUGUGCCUGAGAACAGUGCCCAAACACUGAACUCCGCCAGGAUUGGUGCUGUGACCACUUCCCUGGGGAGCCCGUUCCAGGGCCCAGCCACCCUCUGAGUGAAGAACCGUAUCCUACUACCCAAUAUCCAAACUAGGUUUUCCCUGGCACAACUUCGGGCCAUGAAACACUCGGUUCUGGCCGAGUCCUGCUUUCAGGCUCUGAGACUCACACCCUCACAGAAUCACAGAACUCUUAAGGACUGGAAGGGACCUCUACUCCAACCCCUCUGCCAAGGCAGGGCCAGCUACGGCAGGGGACACAGCUACACGGCCAGCUAGGAGCGGUAGGCAGGCAGACCCGCUGUACCAAACUCCGAGCGGCCCCGUUCCCGUUCCCAGGCCUGCUCCCCGAGGGCGCCCUGCGGGCCCCGCCCGCCGGCGCACCCGGAUGUGCCGACCUCCCCCAACCCCGGCACAGGCCGGCGCAUGCGCACCGGGGGCCGCCGCCGCCCCUCGCCCGCCGUGCGCCCCCCGCCCGCCCGGCCCUGCCAUGAUGUUCUGACGCCAAAUACAGAGAACGGUAAUUUUCCCUACCAAGUACCCAGCUUCCAUAAGUGUGAGAUUUGUUUGCUGUCUUUUGCAAGAGAGACCCAGUUCCAGCGCCAUAUGAGGGAUCAUGAGCAAAAUGACAAGCCUCACCGGUGUGACCAGUGUCCCAUGUCAUUUAAUGUUGAAUUCAACUUGACACUUCACAAAUGUACUCACAAUGGCGAGGAUCCUACAUGUCCUGUCUGCAACAAGAAGUUCUCCAGAGUAGCCAGUCUGAAAGCACAUAUAAUGCUACAUGAGAAAGAGGAGAAUCUUAUCUGUUCAGAGUGUGGAGAUGAAUUCACUUUACAGAGUCAGCUGUCCAUACACAUGGAAGAACAUCGUCAGGAACUGGCAGGCAGUAGGAUUCACAGCUGCAAGUCUUGUAAAAAAGAAUUUGAAACUUCCUCACAGCUAAAGGAGCACAUGAAAACUCACUAUAAAAUAAGGGUAUCAAAUACCAGAUCUUACAACAGAAAUAUUGAUAGAAGUGGGUUUACCUAUUCCUGUCCUCACUGUGGAAAGACGUUCCAGAAACCUAGUCAGUUAACACGCCAUGUCAGAAUACACACAGGUGAAAGACCUUUCAAGUGCAGCGAGUGUGGGAAGGCCUUUAACCAGAAGGGGGCUCUGCAGACCCACAUGAUCAAGCACACGGGAGAGAAGCCCCAUGCCUGUGCCUUUUGUCCCGCUGCCUUUUCCCAGAAAGGCAACCUCCAGUCACACAUACAGCGAGUUCACUCUGAGGUGAAGAAUGGCCCUACAUACAACUGUACAGAAUGUAGCUGUGUCUUCAAAAGCUUGGGUAGUUUAAAUACACAUAUCAGCAAGAUGCACAUGGGUGGUCCACAGAAUUCUGCAAGUGCUUCAACAGAUGUAUCUCAUGUUACAGUGGACUCUGUCACCCAGCCUUUAACAACAUCCCCUACUAAUCUUUUGCAACCUGUUGAUAACAAAUGGAAGAACGCCACACAUUUUCGGUCUCCACUUCUUCAACAGACUGAAAACCAGGUGUCUCCAGCUGCUGCUCAUCAGGGCCAGCAGACUGUCACUGAUGUCAUUCAGCAGCUCCUUGAGUUAUCUGAACCAGGUCCUGUAGAAAAUAACCAGCCUCAACAACCUGGUCAGCAGCUCAACAUUGCUGUGGGGAUCAGUAGAGAUAUUUUGCAGCAAGCAUUAGAGAACAGCGGGUUGUCAUCAAUUCCCGUCUCUGCACAUUCUACUGACUGCAACCAGGCUAAAGCUGCUGGGGCCCAGGAUCAGAACCCAGAUGUUCCAAGCCUCUCAAAUCAUCAGGCUGAUUGUAGUAGUGCUGAACAAGAUAAGGAGCAAGAUAGUACAGAUAAACUAGAUAAAAAAGAAAAAAAGUUCAUUAAGAAAAAAUCACCGUUUUUGCCUGGUUCUAUACGUGAAGAAAAUGGAAUCAGGUGGCAUGUUUGUCCAUACUGCUCUAAAGAAUUUAAAAAACCAAGCGAUUUAGUGCGCCACAUUCGCAUUCACACCCAUGAGAAGCCAUUCAAGUGUCCCCAGUGCUUCCGCGCCUUUGCCGUGAAGAGCACUCUAACAGCACACAUAAAAACACACACUGGCAUUAAAGCUUUCAAGUGCCAAUUUUGUAUGAAAAGCUUUUCCACCUCAGGGAGUUUAAAAGUUCACAUUCGCCUGCAUACAGGUGUUAGGCCUUUUGCUUGUCCUCACUGUGAUAAGAAGUUUAGAACAUCAGGCCAUCGGAAAACUCACAUCACUUCACAUUUUAAACAUACGGAACUAAGAAAGCUGCGACAUCAGCGUAAACCCGCAAAAGUUCGAGUGGGAAAGUCAAGUGGCCCAGUACCAGACAUUCCUUUGCAAGAGCCCAUACUCAUAACUGAUUUAGGUCUUAUCCAGCCAAUCCCAAGGAAUAGCCAGGUCUUCCAAAACUAUUUUAACAGUAAUUAUGUGAAUAAUGCAGAGAGACCAUACAAAUGCUAUUAUUGCCAUCGAGCCUAUAAAAAAUCCUGUCAUCUUAAACAGCACAUCAGGUCACAUACUGGUGAAAAGCCAUUUAAGUGCUCUCAAUGUGGAAGAGGUUUUGUGUCAGCUGGAGUUCUGAAAGCACAUAUUAGAACACACACUGGAUUGAAAGCUUUCAAGUGUGUUGUGUGCAACGGGGCCUUCACUACUGGUGGUAGCCUCAGGCGGCACAUGGGGAUCCAUAAUGAUCUUCGACCAUAUAUGUGUCCCUACUGUCAAAAAACGUUCAAAACAUCACUCAACUGUAAAAAACACAUGAAGACUCAUAGAUAUGAACUUGCACAGCAACUUCAGCAGAAUCAGCAGUCUUCUUCAAUAGAUGAUUCUACAGUAGAUCAGCAGAGCAUUCACGUUUCUACACAAAUGCAAGUGGAGAUUCAAAGUGAUGAGCUACAGCAGUCAGAAACUGUUGCAACAGAUCAGCAGGCUAUUUUAGAGUUAGACCAGCAGCCAGUAGUAGGCACAGAAGAAACAGCACUAGAACAAGAAUUGGCUGAUCAGCCUUUAGAGCAAGAUGAGGAUAGAUUUGUGACAUCUGAGCAUACUUUGCAGGAAAACAUUACUCAGUUUGAACAACAGACUAUAACACAGCAGCCGUUUGAUCAACAGAGCUUAUCACAAGGUUUUACUGUGAAUGACAGCUACAAUCAACAGACUCAAUUUCCAGCUGUACAACAGCUGCAGGAUUCAAGCACACUUGAAUCUCAGGCUCUUUCAACGAGUUAUCAUCCACCAGCCCUUCUUCAGGUUGCAAAUACAGACACAAUUAACGUAACCACUCGCUUGAUACAAGAUCAGUCACCACAGGAAGAACUUGAGUUACACACCCAACGGCCUCAUUUUCUUGAGGAUAAUGAAGAUCAAAGUAGACGUUCAUAUAGAUGUGAAUAUUGCAACAAGGGGUUUAAGAAAUCCAGCCAUUUGAAACAGCACGUACGAUCACAUACUGGUGAGAAACCAUAUAAAUGCCAACUCUGUGGCCGUGGUUUUGUUUCCUCGGGAGUUCUUAAGUCACAUGAGAAGACUCAUACAGUUGGAUGUGUUGAAGAUGAUGAUGAAAGCUCUGAAAGAACUUCCAGAAAAUCUCGUCCAGGUGUCAUAACUUUUACAGAAGAAGAGACAGCAGAACUGGCAAAGAUCAGGCCUCAAGAAAGUGCCACUGUUUCAGAAAAAGUUCUUGUCCAGUCAGCUGCAGAGAAAGACAGAAUUAGUGAGAUCAAAGAUAAGCAAGCAGAACUGGAAGCAGAGCCCAAAUAUGCCAACUGUUGCAGUUAUUGUCCCAAAAGCUUUAAAAAACCAAGUGAUUUAGUCAGGCAUGUUCGUAUCCAUACUGGAGAGAAGCCGUAUAAGUGCGAUGAAUGUGGAAAGAGUUUCACUGUAAAAUCCACUCUGGAUUGUCAUGUUAAAACACACACAGGCCAGAAGCUCUUCUGUUGUCACGUCUGCAGUAAUUCUUUUUCUACAAAAGGCAGUCUAAAAGUACACAUGCGCCUGCAUACAGGAGCAAAGCCCUUCAAAUGCCCACACUGUGAUUUGCGGUUUCGUACUUCAGGGCGCAGAAAAACGCACAUACAGUGUCAUUAUAAACCAGAUACAAAAAAAGUUAGGAAGCCUGUUGCUCGGACUUCAACAGAGGGACUACAACCAGUCAGUCUUCUUAAUUCAUCCUCAACAGACCCUAAUGUUUUCAUCAUGAAUAACUCUGUUUUGACGAGUCAGUUUGAUCAAAAUUUACUUCAGCAAGGACUUGUGGGCCAGGCUAUCCUGCCUGCUUCAGUGUCAGCUGGAGGUGACUUAACUGUGUCCUUGACAGAUGGUAGCUUGGCCACUCUUGAAGGAAUACAGUUACAACUUGCUGCUAAUCUGGUUGGACAGAAUGUUCAGAUUUCUGGAAUAGAUGCCACUGGUAUUAACAACAUCACAUUACAGAUCGAUCCAAGUAUCCUACAGCAGACAUUACAGCAGAGUAAUUUACUUACUCAGCAGCUGACUGGAGAUCCCACUAUGGCUCCACAGAAUCCCUCCCUCCAGACAACAGAAAAUGCAGUGCCAGCUAAUGUGGUUAUUCAGCCCAUAUCAGGCUUGUCUUUACAGCCCACAGUAACAUCAUCUGCUAAUAUGACCAUAGGGUCCCUGUCUGAGCAGGAGUCUGUGCUGACAACCAGCGCUAAUGGUGCACAAGACAUUACUCAAGUCAUGACUUCACAGGGUAUGGUGUCAUCUACAAAUGGGCAACAUGAGAUAAUGUUGACCAUAAAUAAUUCCAGUUUGAGUCAAGUUCUAGCUCAUGCUUCAGGUUCUACAACUGCGACCUCAUCAGGAAGUCCCCAAGAAAUCACUCUUACAAUAUCUGGCCAAGAUCUUAUUCAGCAUAAUUCUGGAAGCACUGAUCUGAACACUGGCUUAAGGCUGACAGCACCAACCAUCAGCAGUCAAACUACAGGUGCUACAUUAACUAUAAGCAAUGACCAGCUUCUUUCUCAGGGCCCUUCACUAAAUGCUCCAGAACUUAAUACAACAGGGGGAACAAACCUUCCUCCAGCAACACCCAUAUCUCAGUCUGCAGUUUCUGCACAGAAUUUGGUGAUGUCUUCAUCAGGAGUUGGAGGAGAUGGUAGUGUCACUUUGACUCUUGCUGACACUCAGGGAAUGUUGUCAGGUGGUCUUGAUGCAGUUACACUUAAUAUCACUUCACAGGGUCAGCAGUUCCCUGCUAUACUCACAGAUUCCAGUCUUGCUAGCCAGAGUGGAUCAGGAUCACAGCAAGUCAUACUGGUGAGCCAUACACCCCAUUCAGCACCUGCAAACUCUGAUGAAAUAGCGUAUCAGGUGACAGAAGUUUCCCCUAAUGUGACUAAAAGCAGUCAAGCAGAAAAAGAAACUCGUGGGCACCAGUGUUUUGAGUGUAGCCAAACCUUUUAUUCCGUCACCAUGCUGACACACCACUGCAAAGAGGUUCACGGCAAGGAGCGAAUACACGUUUGCCACAUCUGCAAUAAGGCCUUUAAGCGGGCAACACAUCUCAAGGAACACAUGCAAACCCAUCAGGGUGGACCUUCACUGAGUUCCCAGAAGCCUAGAGUGUUUAAGUGUGAUACCUGUGAAAAAGCUUUUGCUAAGCCAAGUCAGCUGGAGAGACACAGUCGCAUCCACACAGGGGAACGGCCAUUUCAGUGUACACUGUGUGAAAAGGCAUUUAACCAGAAGAGUGCUCUUAAAGUCCACAUGAAAAGGCACACAGGAGAGAGACCUUACAAAUGUGAUUACUGUGCAAUGGGAUUUACACAGAAAAGCAAUAUGAAGCUGCACAUGAAACGGGCUCAUGGUUACACUGGUCCUGUACAAGAGCCUGCUAGUCACCAAGAACAAGAAGGGGAAGACAUUAGUCGCGCUCUGAAUUUAGAAGAAGUGGUACAAGAAUCUUCAAAUGAAUGGCAAAGUAUAGGCAAUGUUUUUCGAUAACAUCUUGAAAUAUGAAAGUUAAAAUUGUUUCUGGGACUCGAACUUUACAGUUAAAGCUUCAAGCAUUGAAGAUACUAACAAUAGAAUAAUAUAUUAUAGUUUUUUUAAUUAUUUACAAAAGUUACCUAAAAGAUGAUUUCUUUUUUUAAAGCUUGUAGAAGAAUAUUGGGAAAACUUCAUUUAAUCUGUGCUAAGUUGUCUGUGAAUCAAUGAACUCAGGUAAUAAUGUAUACAGUUUCAUGUUUGAAUUCACAGCCAGUAUAUCUAUUUAAAAAUAAACUGUACCUUUAUAUCAGAAUAGAAUGAUUCCCAUUUUUAAUGGAGAUGAAGAACUUCACAGGAAAAUCAUGAAACUGUCAGUCAACAUUUUUAAUGUGUUUAAAGAAAUAAUUGAGAUUGGAAACAAAUGUUGCAUUUGAUGAUGCAUGCAGUAUAAAAUAGUGGAGUUUUGCCUUUUUUUUUCUUACAAGGCACAGGAAAAAGUAUUUCUUUUUAAAGCUUUCUUUUUUAGUGCAUUUUGAGAAUUUGUUGAAAAAAAAAUAAAAUACUGCAAGCUCAUGGCUUUUCUUGAGUUAAACUCUUGAGAUGGAGCAUGUUCAUUUUCAUUCCAACCACGGAGGCAGAUAGAUGUUAGUUUUUACAAUAAAAGUCUUGAGGUUUUGGACUUGGCAAUAAUUACUUAAAAAGAAUCCAAAUAAGAAAAGGUUCUAGUAAAAGCCUCUGUUGUUUGCUGUACUGGGUCAGCAGGUCCAUAUCUCAGUAUCUGUGGAAAGCAGCCAUAUAAUAAAUCUGUGAGAUAAAUAAGUACAAUAUUGUGGUAGCAGUGAUAAAAUUAGAUGCACACUAGGUUACAUAUACUAUACAGUGUUCCCCAGUGCUGUAAACAGUUAUCAUUUUGACUCUGUAAAUUCCUUAUUAUUUUCUUUGUGGAUUUUGGAAAUAUGUUACAUUUAUUUGUUGUUUAAGUCAUUGUUUCAGCAAAACUACCUAGCUGACUUGAAUAUUGCUUUCAAAGGUGCCACUUGUUUAGCAUAUUCAUAGCAAAGAAACACUGGAGUAAAUGCAUAGUUGUCUUUUAGACAUUCCAAAGACAGAAGCUGUUUUCUUAUUUUUGCCUUGUUCUUUUGAAUUUUAUUUAUAUGUUACAUAUAUAUAGAUAUAUAUAUGUGUGCUUAUAUAUGUAUAUAUAUAUAUAUUUAAAGUCUAUGAGCCUCUGUGUGGCUGAUCAGUAUAUUUUGUAAAUACUAAUCCCAGUUGCAAGGAGCUCAUCUGUUUGGUUGCCACAAAUACUUCUAGAUCAGUGGUGAAUAUGUUGUACAAUAACACAGACCUGGACUUUACUUUCUAAAAGAUAAUUGUUCUCAGAUCCAAAAAGCCCUUUUCUGUAAAUAUUGUCUAUAUUAUGUCUACGAUACAAACUAGUUAUUUCAGAUGGCUGAAGCAAGAAAUCGCUGUUGGUUUUGUUAGGGCAUCUCUUAAUUCUUUUGUUAACUGUUCAGCAUAUGUAUAUAAGUAAUAUAGUUGGUGACAUAAAAAUAACACUUUUGUUAUGUGGAAUAUUUAAUUGAAAAACAUGCUAAAUAAUAUUACUUUUUUCCAAAUUCUGUUCCGUGUAUUUUUUAAGCAUAUGAUUCUGGAUUCUUGGAGAUUGGAAAAACUCUGUUUACAGAAGUGUGUUUGAAUAUUAGAUGUAAAGAAUAAAGUCCUUCCAGCAGUGCCUUCCCUUCCAGGCAGCCUGUGAGUGUUUCAGGUGUUUAAGAAAGACAUUGUAUUUUACAGUUGUUUGGCCUCAUGGCAUAGCAUGCUGCUUAUCUGUAAUAUAGCAAAAUGUGCUGUUUUGCAUGUACCAUGGAUGAAAUUUUUUCCCUCUUAUUUCAGGGAAUACUGUAUAAAUGCACAGAGGGCUUGGAACUAGGUGAUCUUUAAAGGUCCCUUCCAACCCAGAACAUUUAAUGAUUCUGUGAUACUUGGUACACACAACCUAAAAGCUGAUCUUAUGAGUAAAAAGAUGGCAUUUUUAAUGGUUCACUUCUCAAAGUGUUACGCCUUGGUUAAAGGCAGUGAGUCUGUCUAGCAAGUCUUGGAAGUGUUAAAUAGACAAUGUGAGUUAUAGAAUCAGCUGACAUUUUUCCUGAAUUCAGUUUGCUAUUCCUCCAGCACUUGGAAAUCCUGUCAGCUACAGUAACAGACUUCUAAAAAAUUUAUUUUUAAUAGUGUAUUUGAUUCCCUUCAUCCUCUUCCCCCAUGAACUUCAAGUGUGUUGACAGAGGUUUUUAUAGCUUUGGUAAGAUUGAGUUGGAGCUCUUCAGGGCAGUGUAUGUGUUGAUACUCAGAACGAAUAGAGACACGGUAACCAAUAUGUCAGUAUUUUCAAAAGCAGUAUUAAAGCAGAUGCAUUAUUUAAGGAAGCAGAAGAACUCCUGUUCUGAGGAGUGCUUGAGGUGCCACGUUGUAUAGUGGGUAAGUGAAUAGUGCUUGGGACAGCCUCUGUUCUUUCUGGUUUAAUGCAGUUGUAGACUUGUGCUAGCCUUGGGGUUUUUUGCUUGCGUCUGCUCACAUUUCUUUUGGUUUAUGUCCAUUCCUUCAGUACAUUAAAUUUCACACUCC